CAGCCUUAGAAAAAGCACCCACCCAGGAGAAACUGGAGAGAUCUAUGCAACUGGCAGCCUCCCAGUGAACCUCCCAGUGAAGUGAAUUGUUUUGAGCCUGAGGCUCCAGCCAAUAUGAAAGUGCCUCUUCAAACCAUCAUCUGUGGGUGUGUUCUAGCCACAGUUCUACCGCUGGUGAAAGGCACCGUUCUACCGCUGGUGAAAGGCACAGUUCUACCGCUGGUGAAAGGCACCGUUCUACCGCUGGUGAAAGGCACCGUUCUACCGCUGGUGAAAGGCACCAAAGUUGACCUCAACACCAACAUGAAAAAGAGAUUUAGAGUCUGGUUACAGAGCCGCACAAGAGCAGAUUUCCAAAGCAGCUCUGCAGUGGACUCAGGGAUCCUCAGUGGACCAGGGCAGAGAGAGGAGACAGACCCCUCACUAUUUCAUUCCAGGUCCAGAAGAUCCAUUGUGACCUCAGUGAAAAGACCAGGCUGUUCUCUGGGAACAUGCAGCCUGCAUGACCUGGCCCAUCGGCUACACAUCCUCAACAACAAGUUAAAGGUCAACAGAGCCCCGGAGGACAAGAUCAGCUCACAGGGUUACGGUCGCCGCCGCAGGUCGCCACAGUCACUCCCACAGCGCUAUGCAAUGCUAAGUCUCCAAGCAGGCAGAGUGAGACUGGACUGCAGCAGAGAGUGCAGCCAAGGACUCCACCUACAGGCCAUCCCUCUCAGACAAACUUGAGAUGGGCAGAGAACAGGAAGUGGAGUGUCGAUGUAGCGAAUGUCAUGCACUUUUUUUAUGUUUCGGGCUGGCUGAGAUAUUACUGAGGUCCUAUUCCUGCGCAUUCCUUUCCUGCGUGGGGAAAAGGAUGGACAAGGUCAAUGGAGCAGGAAACAAAUUUCACGCCACUGGAUGGAAGACAGAGAGAGCAAGAAGGGGUGUGUGUGUGUGUGUG